UCCUCCUCCUGAUUGGCUGAAGGUCGAGGCGCACGCAAAGCGGCACGUCCUCGCCAAACAAUCAGCGGCUGCUGGAUAUCAAAUGCGUCCUCUUCUCCCCGAGCCUUUUUAAAAAGCGAUCCCCUUCAAGCCUUUCGCGUCGCAGUCGUUUGAAAGGAUGGCGGAGAGCGAGGUGGACACGCCGAGCACCCCGAUCGAAUACGAGAGCAAAUACUUCGAGUAUCAUGGAGUUCGGCUCCCUCCUUUCUGCAGGGGCAAGAUGGACGAGAUCGCCAACUUUUCGUUAAGAAGUAGCGACAUAUGGAUCGUUACUUACCCCAAAUCAGGUACGAGUUUGUUACAGGAGGUGGUAUAUCUGGUGAGUCAGGGUGCGGACCCGGAUGAGAUCGGGCUCAUGAAUAUUGAUGAGCAGCUUCCUGUGCUGGAAUACCCACAGCCGGGUUUGGAGAUCAUCCAGGAACUGACAUCGCCUCGUCUGAUCAAAAGCCACCUGCCGUAUCGCUUCCUGCCCACAGCGAUGCACAAUGGAGAAGGCAAGGUGAUCUAUAUGGCCAGGAACCCUAAAGAUCUGGUGGUGUCCUACUACCAGUUUCAUCGCUCUUUACGAACCAUGAGCUACCGGGGAACGUUUCAGGAGUUCUGCAGGAGGUUUAUGAACGACAAGUUGGGAUACGGCUCCUGGUUUGAGCACGUUCAGGAGUUUUGGGAGCAUCGCAUGGACUCUAAUGUUCUCUUCUUGAAAUAUGAGGAUAUGUACAAGGAUCUGGGGACCGUGGAGCAGCUGGCUCGCUUUCUGGGCAUCUCGUGUGAUAAAGCCCAGCUGGAGAGCAUGGUGGAGAGCUGCAACCAACUCAUCGAGCAGUGCUGCAACUCCGAAGCCUUGUCCAUCUGCCGGGGUCGUGUUGGGCUUUGGAAGGACAUUUUCACCGUGUCCAUGAACGAAAAGUUCGAUGCCGUUUACCGACAGAAGAUGGCAAAGUCUGACCUGACCUUUGACUUUACCCUGUGAGGAAGCGACACUGGACUAUCAGUUCACCCGCUGUGCUUAACGUCACCCGACGGACAUCCCCCGUUUUAUCUCUCCAUCCCCACCAUCUCUUGCUCAUCAGUGCUUUCAUUAUUUCCUCAAAGGUUACUUCUUAGUACAAGUACGCGGUCAGUGCUAAAAGGCAUUUUUUUCACGUGUGUAUUUGUAUAAACAGUGCAUCAGCAGUGCUAGUCCGAAGUGUAAGCACAGUGCUUGUUGCGUUUGCACAUUGUACAGAGCUAUUCCAUAUCCCAAAGGCGCUUAUGAAAAAUGUAUUUAUUAAAAAUCCGAUAGCGAUAAAUGAUUUAGACUAUAUUCUAUAUGCUAGAGCCCUUACGACAAACGUUUCUCAGGAGGAUUCUUGAAAUCAUUGGCUAAUUCACGCACCGAAUAUGCAGCCAUCCAAUCACAGUUCAGGUGGUGAAAACCUGAGCCUCAUGAUGAAUGCUGAUUGGCUCCUGGCCAAAAGAUCUUAAAAGUGUGUGUGGAAUGUCAUUUUGCUUCUUCUAGCGGCUUCUAGAUGCUUCGACUUAUAUUCCAGUACAGCUAUUCAUCGAUACCAUAGAUAUUGAACUUUUUAUUACAUUUACUCACAUGUGCAUCCGCAAUUUUUUAAUGUGUAUCGUGUCUACAUAUUUGCAUAAUACACGAACGUAUACAAUCUCUGCGUAAAGGAAUGGGAAAGAGAACAUUUUGUAUCAGUGACAUGCACAUCAUAAUAUAACGCAUCAGAAAUGUUAAGGCCAGAUAUGAGUUUGCAUUUCAUUAUUAUGUAAGAAGCAUAAAAGAUGCAUAAAGUGAACUCAAAUACCAGCACUUCUGACAAAGUGACUUAUAACCUCACAUGUCCAACAGUUACUGUGUUUGGAAUGGAAUACUAGCAUCCUACAUAGUGUGCUAUUUUUAAAGGAAAAAGCCCGAGACCAAAGAGAUUCGAUAUUUUUCCUAUUCGAAAAACUCUUUUAUAGUUUUAUGGUUUACUAGUCAAGUCUAGGCCAAUAGGUUUAGAAACUAUACUCUCAUUCUGGCGUAAUAAUAAAAAAAUUGCUACUUUUCAUUUCCCACCGGUCUCAGUACACAAUAUAACUACAGAAGAAUCACGCUUUAAAAAGGAAAAAUAUCAAAAAAUAUCAAAACUUAUGCUACUGGUCUAAUUGGAUUCAGUGAUCUAUGCUAAAAGUUAUCACCGGGCCAAAAAGUGUAUGCAUAACUAAAUAUAUUUAACACUGUCACAUUGCCCUUAUUAAAUAUGCGUUUAAUAUAGACAGCGGCAGUCGUGUAAUACAAUUAUAUGGAUGUUUAACAUUUUUAUUCAAUUUUGUGUGGCAGGUUGCAAUUGAGGUUUCUGUGCAACAACAAUGAAAAGACACUCUGUUAAAAAUUUGAAGUAGUAAAUAAAACAAAGAUCACUGAAGUUAGCUUCACAAGAAAAUACUAUUUCUGUCUGUCUACUCUGAUAAACUACUGAUCAUUUUAAAUUCAGUGUCACUGUGUGCAGUAUGCAUACUGUAUAUAUGCUUUCCCCCUCCUUUUAUUUAAUUAUUUAUUGAUUUACUGCGGUGUAGACAUUAUUUUCAACAAGACGUUGCUUGUAAAUGUCACAGAAUUGUCAGACACAAUCCAGUGAUCUUCAAUUUACUUAAAGCUUUGAAAAAGAUGUAUUGUGCUAGUACUCUAUUCUGAAUUCAGGCAAUCGUUUGAUUCAGGAAGAGAACUUCUGUUCGUAAAGCUCUGAAACCUCUCGUCCAAUCAGGAGGCUGCGUCAUCACAGUCACUUCAUUCAUUACUCCACACCAUUUCCUCUUUCUUCACAGUCACUAUCAUGCCUCGUUUCAGUGACUGCUUCUGGUCUCUGGACACAUUAGCCUGUUGCUCUGAAUGUCUUUACUGUGUGGGACAGGUACAUGGUCAGCCUGCACUGAUUUAGUCCUGCUAUGCUGUCUUAUGUAACUCAACACACCGGUUUCUUUUCAGCCUUGCUUGCUGGUUUAUUAAUAAAGUGACAUCUUUAGGCCUUGAGGUUCA